AUGCCCCGGCGCGCCGAGUACGAAUUCAAACAGCCCACCAAAGAGUUGACCUAUUGUGCUCAGCUCCAGGAGUGGGCUGAUUUCUACAAGGUCAAGCUGAACUGGGUAGAUGCAGACGUACAGACAAUGGAACCACAGAUUAAAGAAUACGGUUAUCCGGAAUUCACUGCUCCCGGAAAAAGUCUGCGUGAUGCCCGCCAACUGGCCUCCCAGCAAAUUAUUGAUUCACCCGGGAAGCUUGAAUUUGCCAAGAAUCGCCCAGCUCCACCCACUAUUUAUCAUACGCGUUAA